CCACCAAACAGCUGCCUCUUAGGCAUAUACAGCCCUCUGGAAUAAUAAUAAUAAAAAAAGAAGUUAACCAUAUAGAAUUUAAACUUAUUCAGCAAAAGUAUUUUUGAAUCAAAGUCUGAUUCAUUUUUUUUUUUAAAAAUUCAUUGAAGACUGUCACAUAAAGCAGGAGGACUACAGGGAAUCUCUGCUACAGAUAGAGGGUCCAAUCCACAGAUACUUUGGGGAUUAUGAUGCCAGAUUAGUUUCUCAGAAUUGGAGAGUAUUUCGUUUUUAAACUUGGUAGUUGCUGCAGAACUGUGACUAGGAAUAUACCUGUCUUGACACCUUCUUCUCUGUGAAUGACUCUAAUGCCAACCACAGCAGAGAGAGCAAAUUGGUCAUAGAUUUACUGGGACCCAAGGUUUACAUCUUGGGGACUUUCUUCAUUGGGGACAACAGGAACUCAGGAGAUAAUGAAAACUCGUAGCUUUUCUGCUUUACUGUUGGUGGUCUCAUUUCAUCAUGUUUUCCUGGCAAGACCUCUAGAGGAUCAGGAUUAUUAUCAUCAGGAGAUCAUGACAAGGGAACAUUAUUAUUCGUACCCGGACCCUGAGGAGCUACAGAUCCCUCUGGAGCAAGGAUCAGAGAUUGAAAUAUCACAGGAACCCAGAGGAGCAGAAGUGCCUGAGUCCCAGGACACUAGAGAAGAGGUUUAUCAAAUUCCCAAGAAGGACACCAAACCCAAAAAAUCAAAUAAGAAAGAAGCCAAAAACAGUAGCAAAAAGCCAGAGAAAAACAAGAAAAGUCCAGAGAAGUCUGUUUUUGGAACAGAAGAAGAGAAGACUUUUCAAGAUGUCAAAGAAAGUUGUCCUCCUCUGGGAUUAGAGACCUUGAAGGUUACGGAUUUUCAGCUCCACGCAUCAACGGUAAAACGCUAUGGUCUGGGAGCGCACCGUGGACGCCUUAAUAUUCAGGCAGGGGUCAGUGAGGAUGACCUGUAUGAUGGCGCAUGGUGCGCUGGGAGGAUCGAUGCACAUCAGUGGAUAGAGGUGGAUGCUCGGAGACUGACCAAAUUCACUGGAGUAAUUACACAAGGCAGAAAUUCACUCUGGCUGAGUGACUGGGUGACCUCCUAUCGAGUUAUGGUCAGCAAUGACAGUCACAGCUGGGUCGUUGCUAGGAAUGAAUCUGGAGAUAUGAUGUUUCAGGCGAACAGUGAGAAGGAGAUUCCAGUUCUAAAUGAACUUCCAGAGCCACUGAUUGGGCGAUAUAUCCGGAUCAAUCCACGGUCAUGGUAUGAAGAAGGCAGCAUUUGUAUGAGGCUGGAAAUUCUUGGGUGUCCUCUACCAGAUCCCAAUAAUUAUUAUCACAGACGGAAUGAGAUGACAACCUCAGACAACCUGGACUUUCGGCAUCAUAACUACAAGGAAAUGAGACAGUUAAUGAAGGUUGUGAAUGAAAUGUGUCCCAACAUCACCCGUGUGUACAACAUUGGGAGGAGCCACCAGGGGCUGAAGCUCUAUGCGAUGGAGAUGUCUGAUAACCCGGGGGAGCAUGAAGUUGGGGAGCCAGAAUUUAGAUACAUGGCUGGAGCACAUGGAAAUGAAGUUUUAGGCCGGGAGCUUCUUCUUCUGCUGUUGCAAUUCCUUUGCCAAGAAUACCAAGCGGGAAACCCACGAAUACGUCGCUUAAUCACCGAUACUCGACUACACUUUCUCCCCUCCGCCAAUCCUGAUGGAUAUGAGAAAGCAGCUGAGCUGGGUUCAGAAUUGGGUGGCUGGUCAUUAGGCCGCUGGACAGCUGAUGGAAUUGAUAUAAACAAUAACUUUCCAGACUUGAACACACUAUUGUGGGAAGCCGAGGAUCGGCCUAGGAAUAUCCGUAGAGUCCCCAAUCAUCAUAUUCCCAUUCCUGAAUGGUAUCAGUACCAGAAUGCCACAGUUUCCAUAGAGACCAGAUCUCUCAUUACAUGGAUGGAGAAAAUUCCUUUUGUUUUGGGAGGAAACCUGCAAGGGGGAGAAUUGGUUGUGUCGUACCCCUAUGAUAUGGUGCGUUCUCUGUGGAAAACUCAAGAAUAUACUGGCACUCCUGAUGACCAUGUCUUCCGCUGGUUGGCAUAUUCCUAUGCCUCUACUCAUAGGCACAUGACAGAUUCCAGCCGCAGACCCUGCCACUCUGAUGACUUUAACAAAGAAGAAGGAAGUGUGAAUGGAGCAUCGUGGCACACUGUAGCGGGAAGUAUUAAUGACUUCAGCUACCUGCACACAAACUGCUUUGAGAUCUCAAUAUAUUUGGACUGUGAUAAAUACCCUCAUGAGAAUGAACUGGCGGAACAGUGGGAAAACAACAGGGAAUCACUAAUUGUCUUCAUGGAACAGGUUCAUCGAGGUGUUAAGGGAGUUGUGAGGGACGUGUUUGGUCGAGGAAUCCCUAAUGCUAUAAUAUCAGUGGAAGGGAUUAAUCAUGACAUCCGCACAGCAAGUGAUGGAGAUUACUGGAGGUUGCUGAAUCCAGGAGAAUAUGCCGUGACAGCUAGAGCUGAAGGUUUCACGCCAUCUACUAAGAACUGUGCAGUGGGAUACGAGAUGAGAGCCACCCGCUGUGACUUUACCCUCGCUAAAUCUAACCUGGCACGAAUCCAAGAAAUCAUACAGAAAUUUAAGAAACAGCCGGUCAGCAUGUCCCUCCGUCGUAGAAGAGUGAGAUUCAGACCAGGCCGUCAGGUCUAGAACAUGUGCUGCUGACAAUUUGGGCUUGGGACUUUGAAAGUAGAAUAUAACUGGCGUCUGUUGAAAAGGAACUAGAUUAGAUUACAUAUAAGCAGUGUAGUCGCUAAAUGGAUCUUACUUCUGGAGGGUAAUUCAGUUGCACCUUCGUUCUUUGUAUAAGGAAGGACAUGAGCAUAGUCUCUGAACUUUCUAUAGAACAUAUCCUCACUAUGAACACUCUUAAAAUCAUCUUUUGAGAAAUUCUAAACUACUAAAUGAAACUGAAACAAAUUAUAUAAAUAGAAUGUACCAUUUUUUAUUUUAAAUCGGUGUCCUAUGUGAAUGAUUUUUACAAAUUUUUUUUUAUCCAUUAACAUAAUUACUAUCCUUUGGGCUAAACGAUAGGCUCUGCAAAUUUAUAAGGCUGCUUAGGUAGCUCAGUUGGUAAAUUCCCUGACUACAAAAAUGCCUGUUUAACCCCUUGAGUGCUAACGACGGCUCUGAGCUGUCGCAGAGUUUCCAACUCUGGUGCUAACGAUGGCUCAGAACCGUUGCUAGAACUCUCCCAACUUAAGAGAGAUCUGGGGGCUCCCACCCGCUCCAACCCUGGCGAUCGGGCCUGCAUAGUGACAGGCAUUGCCGGGGCUUCCCGUUAUGCACGGUGACAUCACGCGUAAUGACGUGAUGACGUCACAGCGCAACUUUAUUUAUACUUAACAAUGUUAAGUAUAGGAGCAGGGGCAUGCUGCUUAGAAGCCUGUAUCUCAGGCAUUUAAGCAGCUACAGACCCCCAAGACCCACCGUUGGCAAUGUAAUCGCCUAAGCUUUCCAACAGUGUAAGUCUUGGGGAUCUGGAAUUUUUUAAAAAAAAGUAACAAUUUUUUUUUUGAGAAAGUGCUUAGCACUCAAAGGGUUAAAAGAUCCAAGGUCACAGGUUCAAAUCCCGGCAGGUCUGACUCAGCCCUUCAUCCUUCUGAGGUCAAUAAAAUGAGUACCAUUAAAUUGGGUAAUAAUAACAAUUAUUACUAUUCAGCUGCUGAUUUGGUUAAUUCCAAGAGUAAGCGCUUUGAGUCCCACUUGGAGAAAGGCGCUAUAUAAAUAAUACUAGUUAUUAUUAUUAUAGGGUUGAUAAGACAAUAACAAGAAGACAUUAUCAUGUUUCUCUUUUCAAAGAAAAAAAUCGAAAGCUUUGCUAUUUCAUUGAAAAGUAAUCAGACACUAAAUUGAGAAGUGAUUAAACUCUACAGCCCUUGAAAGACUAGUAAUUUUGUCAUAUUGCUUCAAUCAGGAGGGAAUAAGUAUGAUAACUAUAUUUGGACUUCAGGUCUAUUUCACUUUAAUUAUCUUUGCUCUUAAUUAUUCCUUCCAAGAGAUUCUGCUAUUCCUUUACAUUAUAUUAAAUCUGUUUUAUGUUAGUCUUAUAAAGUGGUACAUUAUUCUUUGAUACCUUUGCUGUUGGAUUUAUCUCUGUAUUAGCUGCAUGGGUACUGUGAACUGCUAGGCUGGCCUCUAUAUUAAAAUUUUAUUUAAAAUAUGUUAGAGAUAUUUUAGAAAUAAAGAUAUUGCAAAAUACCAAA